ACGACUUUAGGUUACGAUCUAGCUUCCGCAAAAUUUAUUUUUUUUAGUCGCCAUCUUUGUCCUCUUUCCACGGAUUUUUCCUCAAUUAGUGCUUUUGCAGGUUCUUUUCCACCAUCAUUAUUUGAUUACUUAAUCAAUUAUUUCCUUUUCUUUUGUUUUCCGUUGUGGUGCGCCUAACCUCUCACUGUCACUAAUACCAUGGGCAAAGAUGACGAAAUACCCUCUUCCUCUUCUUCUUCUGAUUAUUACCCUGUUUUAGGUGUUAAUAACAUCAAGAAUGUAUUUCCUCUUAUUCUUGAUCGAGAAAAAGUUCAAUAUUCCAAUUGGGUUGAAUUAUUUGAGUGUCAUACACACGCGUACAAUGUUCUUGAUCAUAUUGACCCUAAAACAACUAAGUCGACGGAUAUAUCGGAUGAGAUGUGGAAACGACUUAACUCCAUUGUCAAGAACUGGAUUUAUAGCACAAUCUCCAAGGAUUUGCUUGAAACAGUUAUAGAAAAAGGAGUUGCGGCUCAACAGAUUUGGGACAAGCUUAAGGCAAUUUUUCAAGACAAUAAAACCACUAGAGCCGUCUAUCUUGAAAAUCAGUUCAAUGCCUUACAUCUCUCAAAAUUUUCAGAUAUUUCUUCUUAUUGUCGUGAAUUGAAGAACAUCAAAGAUCAAUUAGCCAAUGUAUAUCAACCGGUGUCGGAGCAAAAGAUGGUUAUUCGAUUGGUUUCGGGGCUCGUCAACACUGAUUUUGAUACGGUUGCUGCAAGAUACAACAAACGGACCCUCUUCCCUCAUUCGAAAUUGCACGUUCUCGUCUGCUACUUGAAGAAUCCAGACGUGCUAAUGACACCACUGCUCAAGCCUCUUCCUUCGUGGCUCAGACCACAAAUUCGGCUUCUUCUGGAACAACCACCGCACCCCCGGCCCAGCAGCAGAACUCACCAGACGGCAGGGGUAGCAGCGCCGGUGGUCGGAGCAAGGCCGCGGCCGUGGCCUGGAAGAGGCCGUGGCCGGGGAACGGCACAACAACAACAACAACAACCCCAGCCACAACAGCAGAAACAAGCUCCGUCUUGGGGUAAUCAGUCGUGGGCUAGUAAUAACCAGACCCAGUCACAUGCUCCACAAUGGGGCUUUGCUCCAUGUCUUUACCCGCAGCAGUGGGCUCCUCCAAGACCUGGGUUCAUGGCCCAGCAGCAAAGCCGACCCCCACAGGCCUAUUUCUCUGGGCCAUAUCCGCAACAGCAGCAACAAUUUCAGCCACAAGGGUCGGAGUACGGGUCUGCAAUGACUCCCACCGAGCUCGGAAAUUCUUUUGCAACAAUGAGCCUUCAAAACUAUGAUCCGUCUUGGUACAUGGACUCCGGGGCCACUUCCCACAUGACUAACAAUGAUCUACGAACGGGGAGACUAAUAACCAGAUGCAAUAGUGUGGGGGACCUUUAUCCAGUCACAAACACACCAUCAACAUGUCUAGCUACAUCACUCACAACUCUAUCCCCUUCCACAUGGCAUAACCGCUUAGGACAUCCUGGAGCACCAACUUUGAGCUUUCUUAGGAAUAAAAAUUUUAUUGAUUGUAAUAAGGAGCAAGAAUCCACUACUUGUGUAGGUUGUCAAUUGGGAAAAUAUACUCGCUUGCCUUUUUAUGAUUCUAAUAGUACUACUUAUUCUGCAUUUGAUAUCAUUCAUGCUGAUUUGUGGACUUCUCCUAUUCGUAGUGAAAAAGGACAUAAAUAUUAUUUAGUUCUAUUAGAUGACUUCACUCAUUAUGUGUGGACUAUUCCUCUUGUUUAUAAAUCUCAAGCUUUUCAAACCUUCCUUAAUUUUCGACAAUAUGUGCUUACUCAAUUUGAGCGUCCCAUUAAGUCAUUCCAAAGUGACCAUGGUCGUGAAUUGAUAAUGAUCCGUUCAAACUUUUCUGUGUCAAAAAUGGAUUGGUUUUUCGCUUCUCUUGUCCACAUACAUCAUCACAAAAUGACAAAGUUGAACGCAUGAUUCGUACGAUUAAUAAU